CGGCGCGGCAGCUCUCUCCUUCCCAGUUGCUCGCGCGCAGCAAGAACAGAGAAGCGCUUCACGUCGCCGUCGGUUCGGAGAGCGGAGCGGCGGUGCCCGAGCGGCGGUGUGGGCUUUGUGAGUGGUGUGCUGGGGCUUUGGCGGGGCAGUCGUCGUCGGCCGUGUGAGAAGUGGCGUCGGGUGCGUUCCGUGCUGCGAGUGAGGGGGGAUCUUCGAAGAGCGGUGCACAGCGGCGUUGAUAUAGGAGAGAAACUCGGCGACCGUCGAUGACCGUGCGAAGGACUUCGAGGCAGCUCCACGACGGCGGCGACGACGACGUCUUCUCGGGCAAGUCGGGGCCGUCGUCGCCCUACACCUGAGGAUUAUCGCAAGACGGACGCCCGCGCGCGACCAAAAUGACACUCCAUCCGAGGAGGGAACAUGACCGAAGCUAGCUUCCACGAUGGCGGCUGCCUGGUUCGUGUGCGGGCCCAGGUGAUGACGCGGGACGACUCGACGGGCGGCUGGGUGCCGCUCGGUGGCGGCGGCCUGAGCAGCGUGUCGGUGCGCAAGCGCUGCGACCUGCAGCCGGCGCCCAACAACGCCGUGCCCGGGGGCGGCACCUGCUGCUACCAGAUCACGGGCGAGCGCGAGGCCCGCGUGCUCCUGUCGUGCGCCAUCGGGCGGGACUUCACGUACAACAAGGUGAUGCCCACCUUCCACCACUGGCGCGCCGGCGAGCACAAGUUCGGCCUGACCUUCCAGACGUCGGCCGACGCCAGGGCCUUCGACAAGGCGGUGCGCAUCGCCAUGGAGGACCUCCUGGACGGCGUGGGCGACCUGUGCGGCACUUUUCCCGACUCAGACAUCGGCGACGACGAGGUCUUCAUGACGCUCGAGCUGCCCGUCGACUCGCGCUCUUCAUCGGGCUCCUCUUCGGCCGGCAGCGGCUUGUCGCCGUACUCGGCGAACCACCACCUGCACCGCAUCAACUACGUGCGCCGCAACGACGGCGGGCCGCCGCCUUCCAACAAUCACCAGAAGGGCGGCCUGCUGCUGGACGACGCCGGCAACCCCGUGCAGCAGCAGCCGCCGGAGCCCUACUCGUACGUGCAGUUCGCCAAGCACGACUACUCCUACCCGCUGGUCGAGACGCUCAAGAGCGGCGUUGUCCGAGACGCCGGCACCGGGGCGCCGGUUCCUCCGGGCUCCGGUGGUGGCGCUCCGGUCACUGGCCAGACGCCCACCGUGCCGCCGCCCGGCAAGAAGGGAGCCGCAGCUCCGCCACUGCCCAGCAAGGCGCGUGGAGGCCAGAAGCGCCGUCAGUGUCGGCACUGCCUCGAGGAGUUCUCGGAGGACAGCAAUGUGCGCGGAUCGUGCGAGUAUGCGCCGGACAGCGUGCUCACGUGCAUCAACACUGCCUCGUGCAUCUCGUGCGCCCAUUGCAUGCUGUAUCACUGCAUGGCCGACGCCGAGGGCGACUUCAGCCAGCGUCCCUGCUCGUGCUCGGGCUCUCCGAGGGACUGCCGCCGCCGCUGGGCGGGACUGGCGCUGCUGUCGUUGUUGGUGCCCUGCCUCUGUUGCUACCUGCCCCUCAGGGCCUGCCACCGGGCAGCCGUCGGGUGUGGAUUGUGCGGGGGCCGGCACCAGGCCUGAGAAGCUCGGGCUGCGGGACAUCGCCGCGGCGCAGUUGUGUGCUGUGUCGUGCACCCUUUUGUGUCCUCGGAGAACCGGAGGGGAGGUCAUCGUGCAGCACUGGUUCGCAGUGAACUGGAAUACUUGGAUUGGGGAGAGGACGUUGCCCAUACCGUGUGGGCGAGGCAUAGAGACCCAAGACGGUGUAGAUUUCGGCAAGUUGGUAAUUCACUGUAGCAGGCUGGCACAGAAAAGAAGACACAUUAUGUCAUGUUGUUGUCCAUGCCUUCUUUUCUGUGCUAUCUUGCUACAAUACAGUGGUAUAAACAACACUGUUUCCAACAGCCCACCCUUUAGCCUACCCUUAGCCCACCUAUUGACAUUGUGGCAGGAGGGCACAAGUCAGCUUCUUUGAGCUAGUGAUGGAGCACUUGUUCGGUUGCAUGGUGGGAGUGAACUGUAUUUAGCGAGAGGCUAGGUCGCAGUGCUAGUGCCACCACUUAGCAUCAACACUUCUUUACCUCUUAAGGAGGAUGUCACACACAAGUAUUCUAGUUCAGAUUGAAGGAGCUCUCUGGACACAGCACUACAGGCUUAGCACUUUGAAUCAUUCUUUCAGCUGUUGGCAUACUCCAAAAUAGAAACAUUUAAUAGAAAAGCUUGCAUCCUUGUGUUCAGAAAAUGUCGCUGGUCUGAGCCACUUAUGCAAUCAUAUAGAGUUCACUGUUGACCAGUAGCGUAGCCAAGGGGGAGGCACACCGGGAACACGCCCCUGCCCAUGAAAUUCCUGUUAGAAUGCGGCUUAUCCAGCUCUUACCCCCCCCCCUCACCUUCCCCGUCUCAGGUCAGUGCGUGCCCCCCCCCUCCCCCCCCCCCGGAAAGAAAUUUAGGCUACGUCACUGCUGCUAACGCUCAUGAAGUUGAAGUUGACAAGCUUAUGCUGCAGUUGUGAUAUCAUCUUAUGUGUUAUGCAAAUAUUUGGAAAAAUGAUUGGUGGAUGUACUUUUCUUUUUCACCUUCAAUUCAGCUAAGCAGUUUUCUAAAGAUACUGUCACAUUUUGAUUCUAUGCGCAUGUUAAGAGAAAAUUUCCCCACUCAAUGCUAAUGCUAAACCAUUUUGUACUUGCACAGGCAUCCUUCUUUACACACAUUUGAGGGGAGGGCAGUCUAUUGGAAGUUUAUGAGAAAGAAUGUGAAUAAACUGAGUAGACCAGGUUAUGGUAGAUGGUUAAGAACAUACCUCUUUUUAUAACCUUUAUGAAUGGUCGUGAUUCUUGCAGAAAAGAGCACUGACUAGGCUUCCUGUCACUUUUUUGUUGUGCAACGACUCGUGUUUUAAAUAUAGAGGCAUUGCAGCCAUGUUCAGAGGUCAUGUUUCUAUAAUAUAACAAGCAUACCAACUGCAUAGACCUUUUCUAAGGUGCCUGAUGCAGAUCUUUUUUAGGCAGUCACCGCUCAUGUCAGUAUAGUUUUGAGUUUGCCUACAGCUAGUGUACAUUAGCAAUACUCUCUUUAUUAGGGCUGCUUGUAAUUUGUCUAUCCAUCAAAAUAGUUUAACACAUAUCUGCACUACCUUCCAUUUCUGCAGCACAUGCUCUCCUUCCGAUAGUCCGCGCAUUCAACUUCACACACUGAACCACUUGAUAAUACUUGUUCAUGGGAAUGGUGUAGUCUCAAAUUACAUUACAACUUAGGUGCCUCACAAAUCAGCUCUUCAAGUGCAAGGAAGGAAAUAGUUGAAAGAACUUGAAACUUAGUUUCACUUUACUGCACAUCCAAGUAACACAUUACUGAGGCUCACCUGACAGAGGCUUAAUAAGUAUACUAAAGUUUAUAUAGUUUCAGUAGGAAUACAAUUUAUAAUUAUUUAAUGCUCGCAUUAAUUAGCUGUUUUAAUCGUAUCGACUGCAUGACAUGUGAACAAGGCAGACUCCUGAGCAGUCUAGGCCUAAAGUGCAUGAGUCACAUAAGACUUCACAUGUGCUUGCAUUUGGAAGCUUGGCAUAUUUUCAAAGCCAUGUUUUGGGCAUGAUUCUGUAAUGCCUGCAUGUACCUAACCUGAUUAUGUUGAAAAAUUAUUAAAU